CAAAAUAGUGUGAUGAAAUUUAAGUUUUGACUAAUCCAAAUAUGGAUUUAGAAGUAUAUGGCUGUUAACAUAUUUCAUAGCCAAUUUAAAGGGACAAGAUCAGCAGGUAAAGCUGGUUCAGGAAGAUCAGUUCUUCGAAAAUUGAUAAAAGCUUGAUUUGUAGUGUGAAUAUUAAAGUUAUAAAUUGCAGAAAUUUUGUUUCAAUGGCUAUACCUUCUCCGGACCCAGUGUAUCUUUUUCGCGGUGAUAUGGGAUGCAUUCAUUGUAUUCGUCUUCAAUCGAACUUCGAUGUAGAACACCUUUUUGUGGGUACUACAACAGGCAAAGUACAUGUUUGGGAUUUAAAAACAAAUCGAGAAUUAUGCCAGAUUGAAUCAGGGCAAGAUUCUUGUUUAAGUUUACAAAGUUUAAAUGACAAGGAUUUAUUCGUACAACAUAAAUGUGGAGUAAUAAAAGCGUAUAAGAAAACAGAAUCCCAAUGGAGCUUGUACAAAUCUAUCGAUAUAGACUUUUAUCACUAUUGCAGGUUUCAAGCAUUUUCCCAGAAUGAAAUAUUUGUACCGCUUAAGGAAUCCAACAUUGGAAUAUUGUCAUCCGAUACAUUUAACAUAGAGUUGAAAUUGAAUCCUUCAAACUUAAAAAACCUGGGAGAUGUAAUGGUGAUUAAACCAUUGAAAAAUGAAAGGUUGGUCUUUGUUGGGUACGAAGGAGGCAAAGUAAUUCUAUGGGACGUAAGGCAAAGAAGUAUUUUAAGCUACUUGACCACAGAUUCAUGCCCCAUGGCUUUGGAUUUUGAUAGUGCUUUAAUGAAAGGAAUUGUUGGUAGUCCCACCGAUCAAUUGCAGAUAUUUGCUUUAUCAGAAAGUCAUUUACUGUGCAAUAAAGUCAAAGUUACGUUGAAAAAUUCUGGUACAUCUGUGAUUGCUAUAAGACCAGAUGCCAAGAUAGUAGCAGUUGGAGGGUGGGACAGUAGAGUUAGAUUAUAUUCUUGGAAAAGUUUAAAACCACUAGCUGUUUUAGACCAACACAGAGACACUGUACAAGAUAUUGCUUUUUCCUUAAUGAGGGUAAAUACAUGCAAUGAUAAAUAUCUGAUGGCAACAGCUGCAAAAGAUGGAUAUAUCGCAUUGUGGGAUAUUUAUAAUUAAAUUUUGUAUAAAUUUUG